UGAAACAAACCCAGUUCCCACUUGUUUUCCCAGUUCAACUUCACUUCUGUCUCAAUCCACAUUCCCCCCACUCGAACAAUCUCAAUCUCUUCUCGAGUAAAACCCCCAACAUUCUCACGAUGGACGACCACCAAUCCAAUUACAUGGACGAAGACGAGGAAGAUGACGACCUAUCCAAACCCCCCUCCACCUCCACCUCCACCACCCCCGCAUCCGAGCCCACGGCGGUAACAGACCCCGAGCCCAUCACAACAGAACCCAUUAUCAGUCCUCCUCCGCCACCACCCACCACCACCGACCUUCUCAACGGCAACAAAACCGAGACCGAAGCCUCCGAAGAUCUAUCAGAGUCCCUCAAAUCCCAAGAAAACGACGCCGACGUCGAAAUCGAAGACGACAACGACGACGGCGAAGAAGAAGACCCGCAUCCCAAGAAGCAGAAGCAUCUCUCCCUUCUCACCCCCACCGCCGCGCCGCCUUUCCCGGACCCGGCCCAGCUACCGCAACCCGCACCAGAAUCCAACGGCGCCAUCCUCCUACCGGCGCAGCCCAAGAAGUCGAAGAAGAAAAACAACAAUGUGUGGGUCACCAAGUCGACCCGGAAAGGGAAGAAGAAGACCAAGCCCAACACCGCCACCACCAACAACAACAUCCCCGGAGAGGACAAGGUCCUCGUCACUCCGGUCACCAGGUUCCCUGACAAGAACGACGACUCGCCGGAGAUAACCAUCUGCCUGUCCAAGGUCUUCAAGGCCGAGAAGGUCGAGGUCAGCGAGGACCGGAUGAGUGCCGGCAGCACUAAAGGGUAUAGAAUGGUGAGGGCCACUAGAGGGGUUGUGGAAGGUGCUUGGUACUUUGAGAUUAAGGUAGUGAGCUUGGGAGAGACAGGGUACACGAGGCUCGGGUGGUCCAAUGAGAAAGGGGACCUUCAGGCGCCGGUUGGGUAUGAUGGGAAUAGUUUUGGGUAUAGGGACAUUGAUGGGAGUAAGGUGCAUAAGGCAUUGAGGGAGAAGUAUGGGGAGGAAGGGUACAAGGAAGGUGAUGUCGUAGGGUGUUAUAUAAACUUACCUAAUGGGGGGUCUUAUGCCCCCAAACCUCCGCAUUUAGUUUGGUACAAGGGGCAGAGGUAUGCUACCGCAACUGAAUCCAAGGACGAUGCUGUCAAAGUAGUGCCUGGAAGUGAGAUAUCUUUUUUCAAAAAUGGGAUAUGCCAAGGUGUUGCUUAUAAAGAUUUAUAUGGUGGUCGUUACUAUCCUGCUGCUUCAAUGUAUACUCUUCCCCAUCAACCAAAUUGUGUGGUCAAGUUCAACUUUGGUCCUGAUUUUGAAUUCUUUCCAGAAGACUUCAAUGACUGUCCAGUGCCAAAACCCAUGGUUGAAGUUCCUUAUCAUGGAUUUAAAAACCGUGCUGAAAAUGGAGUAUCUGACGAGAAGAACAAUUAGCCAGAAAGCAGCACCUUACAACCAGAAUCUAAAGCAGAAUCUUUUUCGUGGAUUCAGGAGAUGGCAAUGCGUGCAGAAUUCAUUUGUAAUCUUAAUUGUUGCUAAAGUUAUAACAUGAAAACCACUGUAUUCUUGACAUUUAUCUGACAAACGGUGCUUGAAAAAUAUUAAUUGAUAUUCCAUAAGCCUGAUUUUC